GGUGGGAGGGGCUUGUGGUGUGUGACGUCACCGGCUGUGUGGAGGAGUAUAGGCUGUGCUGUCAGCCCAGUGUCAGUCUGAUGAAGAUUGGCAUGCAGGUUGACAAGAGUUGGACCCCGAGCCACGGUGCAAACGGAAGUGAAAGCUGCUGUGCUGCUGUGGGCCAGCUAACUUCUCAAUGUGACCCAAUCCCAUGAUGCAACAUGUGCCCCCAGCACCUGCAGUGACAAUGAUGGCCACCCAGAGUGUUCCUCCACCAUCGUACCAGGAGAGCCAACAGAUGACGGGCACCACUCAGCAGAACAACAAGACCCCACAGGUCCACAUCCCAGCAGCCUCUGCGGGAGGAAAUACCUCUGUCAGUGUGACACUUGACCCCCAGGCGCAACUUGAGUCUGACAAAAGGGCCGUUUACAGACACCCAUUGUUCCCCCUGCUGGCAUUGCUGUUUGAGAAAUGUGAGCAGGCGACACAAGGAUCUGAGUGCAUCACGUCCGCCAGCUUUGAUGUCGACAUCGAAAACUUUGUACACCAGCAGGAGCGGGAUCAUAAACCCUUCUUCAGUGAAGAUCCAGAAUUAGACAACUUGAUGGUCAAAGCCAUUCAAGUGUUGCGGAUCCACCUGCUCGAGCUGGAGAAAGUCAACGAACUCUGUAAGGAUUUCUGCAACCGCUACAUCACGUGCCUGAAAACCAAGAUGCACAGUGACAACCUUCUCCGGAACGACUUGGCGGGGCCGUACUCUCCGACACACACCAAUCUCAGCAUGCAGCAGGAACUAAUUCAGACCUCCUCUCCGUCCAUGACGUCCGUGUCCAACUCCGUCAACUCUUCAGGGAUUGUGGCACCCAGUGCAGGUCUGCAACAGGGCAAUGUUUCCAUGACGACCAUAAACUCUCAAGUGGUAUCGGGCGGGACGCUGUACCAGCCAGUCGCCAUGGUGGCAUCACAAGGCCAAGUGUUAACGCAGGCAUUGCCACCAGGAACCAUUCAGAUCCAGAACUCACAGGUAAAUGUUGACUUGUCAGCUCUACUGGAUAGCGAAGACAAGAAGUCGAGGAAUAAGCGGGGUGUUCUUCCCAAACAAGCCACCAACAUCAUGCGCUCUUGGCUUUUUCAGCAUCUUAUGCAUCCAUACCCAACGGAGGAUGAGAAAAGACAGAUUGCAGCACAGACAAGCUUAACCCUUUUGCAAGUGAAUAACUGGUUCAUCAACGCUCGACGGCGUAUCCUCCAGCCCAUGUUAGAUGCCAGUAACCCUGACCCAGCUCCUAAAGCAAAGAAGAUGAAGUCACAGCAUCGUCCUACACAGCGUUUUUGGCCCGACUCUAUUGUGGCCGGAGUUCUGCAGACACAUCGAUCUCAAAUGGGAAACAACUCAGACAACCCUCUCAGUCUGGACAGCCUCCAGUCACUGUCAUCAGACUCAGCCACCCUCGCCAUGCAGCAAGCCAUGCUGGGAGCUGACGACUCCAUGGACGGGACAGAAGAAGAGGACGACGAGGAAGAAGAAGAAGAGGAGGAGGAAGGAAUGGAAGAAGAAGAGGAGGAGGAGGAAGAGGAGGAGGAUGGAGAGAACGAAAACAACAGGGGGAGUCCGAUGCCCAGCGGUGGAGCGGGAAGGAGAGAGCUGAGCAUGGAGCACAGAGAGGAACUGGAGCUAUUUUAUGUCUAUAAUGGGUCGCCUCAGUUCUUCAAGAUGUCCAUUGCCAAGGCGGCAGCAAAGGCUUUGCUAUCUGAUGCCUUGCUUCAGGAUAGCCCCGUCGUUAACCGGAUCAGCCAUCUGGAGCUGGAACUUCCUCUGGACAAGGUCAUCAAAUAUGUAUCUGUAGGCCUGCCGCUGCUGCUGGUCUGCAUGGCCUUUGCCCGCGAGGUGUCCCUCGGUCCACAGAUCAGCUGUUUCCCUCCGAGCAAUUUCACAAUCAAGCAGGCCAGCUAUGUGGAUACGUACUGCUGGGACUCGCUUAUGCAUCACGAGUUUGAUAACGAUGGCAACUUUGAGGAGCGUUCACUGUGGGUACACAAAAUGUUUCCAUACUCUCUCCUGGCUAUGGCAUUGUUAAUGUAUCUCCCGGCACUCAUCUGGCGCCAGCUUGUUGUGCCUUCACUCGGAUCAGACCUGCUCUUCAUAAUUGAUGAACUAGACAAGUCAUACAACCGAUCGAUUCGCCUGGCCCAGAACAUUCUGGAUAUGCGCCAGGCUACCAAGAACCCGCUUACAUUUCAGGCAGAGCUGCAGAGAGCCAAGAGAAAGAGAUACUUUGAAUACCCCCUACUGGAAAGAUACAUGCGAUGCAAGCAAAACUCCUACUUCCUCGUGAGCAUGCUUUUUUUGCGAGGAUUCCUCCUGCUGACCUUCAUGACGGCGGCCUGCCUUUAUCUCGCCUACUUCCACCUUUCCGCCUUCCUUCAAGACGAAUUCAGCUGUUUCGUGCGUAGCGGCAUGCUUCGGGAUCAGAACUGGGUUCCUGAGCUGGUUCAGUGUAAAAUGAUUGGACAGUUGGUCUUUCAGGUGAUCAGCGUGGCCAACGGUGCCAUCUAUGUCCUGUUGGCGCCAAUUGUCGUCUUCAGUCUCGUUCGACUCUUCGUUUGGGACACAACGUUCAUGUCUGUAUAUGAGGUGCUUCCAGCGUUGGAUGUCACCAACCAACGCGGGCUAGGAUGUGCCCUGAAUGAUCUCAAUGUGCUCAUGCUUUUCCUGCGGGCCAACGUUGCACACUUGAAGUCCUAUGGGAAGGUUAGGGCUCUGUGCUCACUGGCACCUCCGCAGGUUGGGAAAACAACUGCAGGACAAGGACUGAACGCAAUGCUGAGCCAAGAAGAGAUUGAAGAACGGGAAGAAGCCGCGAUGGAGUUGGCAGAGGAGGCGCGGGAAGCCAAGGAGGAAGGGAAGCUCAACCUUGUGGAUAUCAUGACUAUUCUGGGAGCCACGCAUGGAAGCGUUGUGAACUGCAGUGAACAGAGGCCGAUGGUGGAGGAGAAUAUGAGUUUUGGUACUGUUACACUAAUUUACACACUCAAACGUAUUCUGCUAGCGCUUAUAUUCACAUACAUCAUUUGGGACGCACAGAAAAUUAUUAAGUGAAUUAGAAUCGUGGAGAACGUCAUUUAUUUCACUUCCGUUCCAUUCCAUAUUUGAUCCCCUGCUGAUUUUGUAAGUUCACCCCCUUACAAAGACAUGAACAGUCCAUCAUUUUAUGAUGGGAUUAAUGAAACAAAGAGAGAUUAUAUUUGGUUUGGUGAAAUAAGUAUUUGAUCCCCUGUCAACAAGCAAAAUGUCCGAUGUGACCACAAAGUACACACUCUUCAGCAAGAAGAUUUGGUAAGAUGGAGGCCAGAGACAUGAAAUACAAGAUAACCUCAUGAGGUAAGAGUGAUUCUGGAUCAGUCCACAAAUCGCAUUAAUGAUCUCAAGGGAGUUGGGAGCAUAGUCGCCAACUCAUUGUUUGGAAGCAGAGCGAAAUUUAAUAAAAACCGAAGACUGUACCAGACAACUUAAGUACAUUAAAGGGCCAAUGAAUGGCACCCGUAUAUCCUAGAAUCUUACAUGAGAACCCCAUGGCGUCAUGGCCAGAACACACACAGAGCUGCACCUCGCUUGUGUUUGUGUACGUAGUACGUAGUUGAGAAGAAGGAAGAACACUAUAAGCUACCACUUCCACACGGAAUGUGAGGAGAACCUAUUUUCUCGAUGUCAUGUUGGACAUUAAGCGAUGGCUGACUUCAGUCAUCCAUCCGUUUUCUAUGCCGCUUGUCCUCAGUAGGGUUGAAGGUUAUGCUGGAGACUAUCCCAGCUGACUUUGGGUGAGAAGCGGUCGUACACCCUUGACUGGUCGCCAGCCAAUCGCAGUGACUCGUGGGCAAAAUAUUACAUAUAACUUCAAUAUUUUUGGACCAAUAGUCCUUAGAAAACCACAACAUUCUUUCAUUCAUUCAUUCAUUUUCUAUUGCUUUUUCCUCACGAGGGUCGCGGAGGUGCUGGAGCUUAUCCCAGCUGUCUUUCAAUAUUUUUGGACCAAUAGUCCUUAGACAACCACAACAUUUAUUUAUUUCCUACCGCUUUUUCCUCACGAGGGUCGCGGGGGGUGCAGGAGCCUAUCCCAGCUGUUUAUCCCAGCCAAUCGCAGUGACUCGUGACCAAAAUAGUACAUAUAACUUGUCUUUGAAUAUUUUUGCACAAAUAGUCCUUAAUAAAAAAUAUUCAAAUAUAUUAUUUAUUAUAUAUAUAUAUAUUACAUAUUAUUACAUAAAAAAAUAUAAUAUUUAAAAUACAAUAAAGUGAACCGCGAUGUAGAGAGGGGCGACUGUAGACCUAAAAAAAUCCUUCAUGAACUACAGGAAAACGUCAUCUUUGUGAUUGCCAGCAAGAAUCUCUCCACUUUAGCUGUGUUAUGCUUGGGGAUCAAAUACUUAUUCCACACAGUGAAUGUAGAAGAGAUGGAUCUGUGGUCAAUUCCAUUCCAAGCCCUAACUGCAUUCUCUGUCUCUUCGCAGAGCCAAACCACCUGGGGUACCAUGAGUUGAAGGAGACUGCACCAUUUAGUCAUUACUAGGCUUUCCUAUGGACUGAAUCAAUGCGAUAACAUGGUGGGGGCGGGGAGGAAGUCUUUGGGACUCUCUAAAGUAAAUACCCAUUAGUGCUACGCCCACAAAGAGUGUUGACACACAUUUAUGGUAUCCUCAGUCUCAAGACAUUUCUGUGAGACAUUAUAUUGAUCAGCCCAGUUGCUGUGCCAAGAAGAAAAAGUCUUUUGUCGUAGUUUUUUUUUUUGUGUGUGUUUUACAAGUAUUCACAGGAAAUUGGAAAGUUGAGCAUCAGUGUCCCGUAGGUACGAGACCACACAGAACAACUCUAGUCAUAUCUCCAUCUUAUUCCAAAAGAUGAUUUCUCUGGGUCACUGCUAGGGCCAGUGUAAGUAGAAUAGCAUAAACCUAUGUAGCGGUAUUGGAUUUAUUUUCUUUUUUAUUAUAUUACUACGCAAUCUGCUAAUAUAAGUCUUUCUGUUAAUUUAAAAUAUGUAAAUCAUCUGUUCUAAA